UGGAGAGGGGGGGCAUAGAGCUGCAUGUACAAAAAUCACACAGUGAGAGUGCAGCUAUACAGUGUUGAAGUGCGACAUGUUGGGAGAAUCCGCAGAGGACUGGGUUAUAGAUGAGGUGUGUAAAGAUCAACUAAAAUCUUCUCCAAGAUGUGAUUAAGGAAUUUCCGAGGCUCUCAUCAUGCUGUUUCUGUGGAAUCCUUAUCAUCUCUCUUCUUACUUGUGGUGGCUUCUCUCUUUUCAUGUCACAAUCCUAACCGGAGAACAUUCCAAGGAGCAACUCUCACAUGGGACUCAUGAAUUGGGUUCAGUUCUAGGCGAAGACACGUUUCAACACUCCUCCAGUCCAUCUCUGAGUUGGGAAGAUGAUCGACAGGGAGUUCUGGGGGAAUAUAGCGAUGCAGAGCUGAUCCCAGAGAUGACACAGUUGCAUCAAAGUGACAGGGAAGCAACGAUGCCAACAGAAAGUACCGGAGAACAUACUCAAACAACAGCUUCUUCCCCUGGACGACCUCUCCUGACUACAAAUGGAUCUAUAUUCCAUUCCACAAAGCCUGGAGAACAUCAGUCAACUUUUCAGGGCUGGGAAGAACCCCCCGAUAGGCAGGUUCUACUCCUUCUAUCUGGUUCACUUUCUCCAAAUGUUCCAAAUCAGGAUCUUACAUCUAACACUAGACCUGCACCGGGUGCUGAGGAGAGCACCAUAACCAGCAGAAGGGGAUUGACUGUUACAACAAAGGCAGUAGAAGAUACAGAGGAUGUGGUUCUGAUCAGGGGAGCUAACAUGGAGACAGAAAAGGAUGCCUCAAAAGAUGGUGAUGAUAAUGUAAAAGUCCCAGAAUCUAAUGGCCCUCUCCAGACAGACGAAGACACCAACAAGACGUCAGUCAAACCCUGGGGAACAACCAUCCAAACAUGGACUUCCAUUGACUUUGAUGAUUUUACACCCAGUGACUCAUUGGGUCCCUCUCUGGCUCACAGUGCAGCCCUUUUUGUCCCUCUGUACUCUGACUGGAAUUCUGCCCUUGCCACAUGGGGAUUUGCCUGGGAAGCCCACAUCUACGGUCUUGGUUCGGUUUUUACGGUGUUUGGCCUGAUCUCUGUGGUCUCCCUGUUAGGACUUCCCUUCCGGUGUCCAUCUGGAAGCCCCUACUUCAUCCUCCUGCACUUGUUCCUCCUAGGAUUCACAGGAACUCAGGCUUUCUGUUUGCUCUAUGACGCUUACAGUCACCAAGAUCGUCUUCCACCUUUGAGCUCUCUUCUGCUUUCCCAACUUCCCUUCCCUUGUUUGACCUCUGCAUUCUCCUUGGCCUUCUUCAUUCUUUCCCUGCGUUCACGCAAGCGUCUUUCCCUUUCACUUGCCAUUUCUCCCUCACUGUCCGCCCUCCCCAAACCUUGCCUCUUACUAUGUUUAUCCCUGAUGCACUUUUGUGCUUCUCUGGGAUGCAUUGGCCUUCUCCAACUCUUCCCCAGCGUCCCCACUGUCAUUCUCCUGCUCCCUCAUGGUGUGUUUGUGUGUCUCACACUCUUCCUCUCAUGCGCCUACGUUAUCUUUUUCUGUCUUAUACAAGUUGACACAAAACACAUUUAUAGGCUGAAUGACAAUGGGGAGUGUGGAGGAUCUCCUGAUAUGAUUCAACCCACAAGUUGCCCCUUCGCCAAUGUGGAAGAUUGGAGUAGAGCGGCAAGUGCUGGAGUAGAGGCCACCUUGUGUUUGUUAGGAUGUGGAGGUCUACAGCUUUACGGAAUCUUACACACCCUUGGUAUGGGUGGGGUGGAAAGCUACGGCUUCCUACCUUGGCCUUGGUGGGGCUAUCAGAUCGGAUGUCGGCUAUGUGAGGCUGGUGUGUGUCUCGGUUUGUCUCUCAUUGGUACGCAUCCUCUAUUUUGCCACAGCAAGUCCUUAAAGACUCAUCCCAGACCAGGAUCUUGGUCUCGACUUUCCUGCGGCUCCCCCUCACGAGGGCCAACCCUCCCUUCUCCAGGUGGCACAAAUUCUCCUGUGCUUUCCUGGUCACAAAACCAACCAGAAAAGAUGGUAGUGUGUGAUGUCAUCACAAAGGGACAAUCAGAGAAUCUUCCUUUAAGCUCUGUGGUGGAUCCUCCUGGAUAUGGAUUUGGAUCUGUCUCAAUGCCUUGCCAAAACCAAGCUUUACCACAAACAAGUCCACCUCGGCCUAAAAAUGCACUAGAAAUGCAGCUGUCCUCCCAGAUAAGUCUAGGACUGGGCGCUGACUCUACCGGGGACUUACGGCCUCCAUCUCCUAUAGACUUGUCUCGCAGCAUUGACCAGGCUCUGUUCAGUGAAUCCUUAUUCACUCACAGUAUAUUUGGUCUGCAAAGACUCUUUCCGAGUUCCUCCAGCCAUUCACUGGGAUCUCCCAAGCAAGGUCCAUCAAAACAAGGGUCUUCCUCGGUGGAAAGUUCUCUUUAUAGAACCUCUUCCUGUGGAAAUUUGGAUCAAGAGGACACUAAAGCUUCCAAGCCUUAUGUUUUACUGAAAUCCCUCAACAACAAACCACCAAUGUCACAGGAACAGUUUGAUUGGAAAGGGAGUGUCUCUGGAUCAACUUUGGGUCUCUGCAAUAAAUCCAAAGAUGCAGGAAAACUGCGAUCUAAUUCCUGGGCGAACAGAGGGCAACAUAUUGCACAGAACAGCCUUCCACGUGCCAUCCCUCACUUGUCUUAUCACAGACGUUACCGAACUUUGAGCGUAGCCUCCAAAGACAGCUUGGGAUGUGGACGACUGGCAGGGACUAGACAACUGAGUGAGAGCAAACAGCUAGAAUGGGAUUUGGCUGUACAAGCAGAGUUUGUCAACGUGUGCAGGCAAAUUGAUGCUUUUAGCGUUUGCAGUGACACCAUUGAUUUGUAACCAUAGCAUUGUCUCUUUUUAAUCUCUUCUGUUAUUCUACUACUUUAAGAAAUAUAUGAUAACGUAUAAUUUAACUCACAGAAAAUGUGUCCAUAGAAAAAUAAUUACAGACAAAAAUGUGAAGAAUUUCUACAAUACAUAAACCCUAAGUUAUUUUUCACGUAUUUUGAAUUUAAUUGGCUCCGUACUGUACAUAUUUAAUAUUGAUAUAAUAAAUAUGACAUUUCCAGCAUCAUGUUGGUAAUUGUUGUGGAGUCCAGUGAGUUUUGCCUGCUUUUUCAAACGUCACUGUUCUGUAUAAAACGCUAAAUGGGGGGCAACCAUGCGAUUUUCUGUCUUUGGCUGAAGUACCAGAGCCAUAACAGAGGCGGAGUACUGCAUGUGUAUAUGGGUAUUCCUCAAUGCCAGGACCUGGGUGUGAAUAAAAUUGACACUGUCCCAUCUUUCAUCAUCAAAGAUAUUGUCAAUCAGUGUCAUCUAUUUAAUUCAGAUAAAAGGUGUACAUUCCAGCAGUCACAAACAAUAGCUCCUUUAAGGCGCUAGCAGCAGUUACAUACUAAUACAUUUUACAUAUUUGUACAGGUUUAUUAUUUGUUCCUUCUGCCAUACAGCAGCUCAUUUUAUUUAAGAGUUUACCACAAUAUCCUGAGUGAGGUCACGUACUAUACUGUACAUAUGUACCAUUUGGAGAAAAUGACCCUGAAUAUGCACUGUGCAGUGCAGUAAAAUCUAAUGAACAAAUGCAAAUGUACAUAUUUUCUCCCCCAGCAUGGCUUAAAAUUCUAAAAAAAAAAAAAAAAAACAUCCUUCCAUAAAAUGACUUUUUUGUGAUGCUGUCCUCUGGUGAUGAAAUAAAAUUAAGUCAAAACACAAUGUUGUUGCCUCUUUUUGUAAAAAAAAAAAAAAAAAAAAA